GUGCAACCAAGAAACAAAGAAAGAAAUACGGCAACUUGGACCAUUAGGCAUCUCCCUUCCUCCGGCCAACCGAAAGCUCCGUACUAAUAAUUUUAAAAACAGAAAAGAAUCACUCCCAAAGCCAAAACUUUACUUUACAAAUGACAUAGUGAGUGAGUAAGAAGAGCUCAAGAAUCAUUGUUUUCAAGCCAAGUAUAUAUCUGUGAUGUCUCACCAAAUCCAUGAGGCCACCGGAAAGAUGACAAAGCUUUGCCGGAAAAUCGUGGACUUCAACUUCCGGUGGAGAUUAGUGGACAGAGUUUCGUAUCUCAAGGAUUUCUUUCGGCUCAUUUGGGAAAGACUGCUCAUUUGUUCCACCCAGAAGCCGGAGCGGUACCGGAGAAUAGCCGGCCGAGAAGGCGCUGCUCCAUUGCCGGAAUCCAUGGAGGUCGUGAUCGAAGAUGCCCCCACGACUGCUAUUCGCUGUGGGUAUGAAAGUGAAUCAGAUUUGGUGAGCUUGAAGAUCAGUAUAUUGGGUGAUUCCCAGAUUGGGAAAACAAGUUUUGUGACAAAGUAUGUAGGAGACGAUCAAGAAAUGAGGUGUCUUCAAAUGAAUGGAUUAAAUUUCAUGGACAAAACAUUAAUUGUCAGAGGGGCAAGGAUUGCUUUGAGAAUAUGGGAUGUUGGAGCAGGAGAGCAGCUUCCAAACGCCUGCAAUGAGGCAGUUGCUAUUCUCUUCAUGUUUGAUCUUACUAGUAGAUGCACACUUAAUAGUGUAAUAGGAUGGUACAGUGAAGCAAGAAAGUGGAAUCAGACUGCAAUUCCGAUACUCAUCGGCUCCAAGUUUGACGAUUUUGCCCGGCUUCCGCCCGACGUUCAGUCCUCAGUCAUCACUCAGGCAAGAGCAUAUGCUAAGGUGAUGAAGGCAACCUUAUUCUUCUCAAGCGCAACCCAUAACAUCAAUGUCAAUAAGAUCUUUAAGUUUAUAAUGGCCAGAGUCUUCAACCUUCCCUGGAACCUUGAGAGGAAUCUCACCAUUGGCGAACCCAUCAUUGACUUCUUAUAAUCUUGCAUAUUUUACUCAACAAGUCAACAACCCUAAUUGAGCUUUGGAUCUCCUCUUUUCGCCAGAAGAGUUUGAAUUCAGAUUCUCCCAUUUAGGCACCGAGUAGCACACUUCGUUUUCUCUGAUCAGAAGUGUAAUAACUCUUUGGAAUGGAUUCUGUUUAGACCUACACAAAAACGGGUCUGCCGGCCCACUCCGGCCAUAUAGUUCCCAAAGAUUCAGAAUUUCGGUAGUAUAAUACUAGUAGUUGUUCUGAAGGAGGUGUAUGAAAUUGAUUCCGAUGUAUUAAAUCUGACCAUAUAUGUAUGUCAUCAUCAUUGAAAAUAUAUAUCAAUAUGUGUAUAUAGAUAUUAAUUCGAGAAGUGUUUCCACUUCUUCACAUUAUGAGAGAGUAGAGUAACUAGGCCUGGGAUCGGUUCUUGUUAAAAUUCGAUGGAACCGUAUAAAAAUCGUAUGCGUUAAAUUCGGU